AGCGCCCAGCGUUAGCUUGACGUAGUCCACGGAUAACGGCAAAGUUUUCGCCGCAGAGAAAAGCGGAGCGAGUCGUCUUUUUUCGACACGUUAACGUUGCCGAACCGCAGCUGGUGGGUUUCAGAGAGGUCGACAUGAAUCCAGAUUUCAGCGCCGAGUCACGUCUGGAUGAGAAGAAGCAGCGAAGUUCGGCCGAAAAAUCCCCUUAAAGUGUCGACGGUUCGUUUUAGCUUCGCCUCUGUUUUUUUUUUUUUUUAAACCAGCGGUUCGUUUGGCCGGUUGUUUUUUUUUUAAGUGAGUUUCUACGGUGAAAUCAUGGCGUUCUUCGUGAAAAAGAAGAAAUUCAAGUUUCAGACCCAGCUGACCCUGGAGGAGCUGACCGCCGUGCCUUUCGUUAACGGGGUUCUGUUCUGCAAGCUGCGGCUGCUGGACGGAGACUUCGUGGCUACUUCUACCAGAGAGGAGGUUCAUGAGAACUGCGUCCGCUGGAGGAAAAGGUUCACCUUCGUGUCAAAAAUGAGCGCCAACCCCCACACCGGAGUCCUGGAUCCAUCCGUCUGCAGGGUGUCUGUCAGGAAGGAACUGAAGGGAGGAAAAACGUACACGAAGCUGGGCUUCACAGACCUCAACAUGGCCGAGUUUGCCGGAUCGGGCUCCACGGUGCGCUGCUGUCUGCUGGAGGGAUACGACACCAAGAACACGCGGCAGGACAACUCCAUCCUGAAGGUGAUCAUUGGAAUGACUCUUCUUUCUGGAGAUCCCUGUUUCAAAACCCCUCCAAGCACAGCAAAGUCCAUCUCCAUCCCGGGACGGGAACACACCCUGCAGCUGGACUGCAAGGGGGAGGGGACGGCCGAGGGAAGCGGCCCGGCUGGAGGGGUUUCCCUGGGCCGAGCCUCCAAACCUCGGCCCUCCAUCAUCAGCUCGGGUCUGCUGGACGACUCCGACACAAAUCAGAACCAGUCGGGUCCGGCGGACGUCUUCCAGUCCGGCCAUUCCAGGAACUCCAGCUACGCCAGCCAGCAGAGCAAAAUCUCAGGCUACAGCACGGAGCACUCCUGCUCCUCCAGCCUGUCUGACCUCACGCAUCGCAGGAACACCUCCACGGGCAGCAGCGCCUCCGGAGGCCUGUGCUUCUCUGCCGACACGCCACCAGAGGGCGACAAGGACGCCGGACGUCCGGAGAGACCCCCCCGGCCCCCCCGGCCUGUGCUGCCCCCAAACCGACCCCCCAGGAGGAAACAGGACUCUGUGGAGAAUCACCCCACCUGGGUCAACGACACCCGUAUGGAUGCUGAUGACAUCGUGGAGAAGAUCGUGCAGAGUCAGAACUUUGCGGAUAUCAACAACACUGAAGACAGCAACCUGCGGCUGUUCGUCAGCAGGGAUGGAACCACCGCGCUCAGCGCCAUCCGGCUGGGGAGCAGGGUUUCUGCCGGCGGCUACGAGCCGGUGGUGAUCGAGAGCCAUUAGAGCCGCUCAGCUCCUCCCUGGUUUUACUGGAGCUUCAGCCGGUCUGACGCCAUGAGAGGGAAAACCACGUCCGUUUGCACUUUAUGUCCGGUUCACGCAGCCUUGCUCUGCUGUAGCUGUGUCGUUGUGUCGUUGUAGGGAAUGCACACGUUUCAGAAAUCCCCCGUUUGUCUCCAGCCUUCUGUUAAACCAGAGGCUGAAGCUGAUUAGAGGUGGAUGUGAUCACUAAAGGCGGAGAGAGGUUUGAUAAAGCUCUAAUAUCUGACAUUUAUAAUAGGAAAACAGGCUGCCUCCUCCUUCAUUUUCCUUCCACUGCAGACGGGAAAACCCUCUUGUUGUUAUUUUUAAGCUGAAAAUAAAUGAAGAGUGCAGCUGGGUUUGACCCGUUCAGGGUGAAUAUUGAAGGUCUGACUGCAGCUCGAGCCGCAGAUUCACAGUUUAAUCUUUUACUCUUUCUGGCACUUUCUGCACACUUUGUUCUGUAAACCUCGUUGCCUUUAAAGCAACCUUAAAGUUCCCGCUCUCACGUUCCUAAUUACCUCCUUAAAUCAUGGAGGAAAGGCUCGAAUCACAAGUUGAGCUGAAUGCUCCCAGUAGGAGACGCCCUGUGGGUGAACUACGGCUGGAUGGAUGAUAAAAGAGUUUGUUUCUGUUAAAGUGACAGAUCCACUAUAAACUGAAAGCUUUUUUUUCUACUCGUGAUCUGAAUCUGAACCGUUUUUGUCAGUUUUUUUUCUGUGAAGACGGGUGAAAACGUGACUGCAGAAUGUCUCACUUUACUGAACACACGGGUCACAUGGGUUAUUAGAAAUCUGGUUGAUUAAUCCUGCUGGUUGGGAUUCCCGCUCAUCAACUGAAGCCCAAAAAAAAAAAAAA